CAGCACCAAGGCCAACCUCCACCAGCAUUGCCAGAAACCAGGACCGACCAAAUAUCCGAGCCCCGGAGAGCCUACGGCAGCAGCAAUCGACGCCGUAGAGCCAGCCACAGUAGAGCCGCCCCUCUGGUCCGCCAAGGGCAAUGGAACGGCCAUCGAGGCGGCCAGACCAACCCAAGCUGUAGCCGUCUGCUCCUCAUCGACGAGGGAGGAGCAUCGCCGUCACCUACGCCGCCGUCCCGCCAAGGGAUCCGGCUAGGGGGCAACCGCGGUCCGCACUGUUCCCUCUCGGCACUAUGCACCGCCUGCGAAACACCUUCACUAGGUCACGGACCCCCACCGGUGCGGAGAUGAAAACACAGAGCAGUCUCGAAGUACCCAAACAGGUUCGUUCAGCAUCAUUCGACGAAAUCCAGCUUGAAGCCCAACGUGCCAAUCAGUUCCUCAAGGUUCACCAAGCAGCAUCGACGGACGAGCCGUCAUCCGGUGGUUCCCUGCUACAGGUUCCGCAGGUUACGGCCCGUUCGCGUAGUUUCGAUCUCGCCGGCGGCAGCGAAGACUCCCAAGCGGCCGUAGCUGCCGCUUUUCUUGACGUGCCAAAGCGCUUCCAGCGGCGAAAGUCCAGCUCGAAAACUCCUCCCCCCUGCAUCCACUGUCUCUAUCUGGAGGAGUACCGCAAGCUGACUGGAGUUGAUCAGCGCCAGUACUACGACAAUACCGAAUACCAAACGCUCAGCUACAGUUCGUCCUCCUCCAGUAGUGACGACGAGGACUCGGACGAAGACGGUGAAGGAGAAGCAAACGACGACGAAGACGAAGACUACGGGUUCCAGUUUGACUUAACAUGCAAUACCCUACUGCCACCGCCUCUCUCUCCUUGUGGGAUCACCUUUACCCUUUCGCCCACCAAUGGAGAUGACCCCGAUGACUGCGGAGACGUGCUGGCUGUGGACGGUCCCGUCCUGCCGCCGCCUCCGAUGUUCGGCAACGACUAUCACCCGCCUUUUCCGUCUCUUCCAAUCGGCUCACCGCCGAUCACCCCGUCAGGACCCAUAUUCCCUCCGUCCCCGACGAUCGAAGUGCCUCCCUGUUCUCCGGCGGUGGACGAGCCCAGUGGGCCACCGACGCGGACCCGGCGACGAUCCAUCUCCCGCCAGGAAGCGAUCUUUGUCGAACCAACCGGCAACUCGCUGGAGAACGUUUCCUGCGGUGAACCACAAUCAGAGGAAUCGCAACACCAAAACAUCAACAUCAUCGUUCCUUGCGGACACGCUGAUGACUACAACGAACCGCAUCCUCCGGAAUGCUACAACGACAAUCAACUAGAACAAUCGGUACUGGUGGCGCUGGCGCCUCCUCCACCACCACCAACCACAGCUUCUUCGCCGAUUUCCACGUCGGCAGCAGCCGACUUCGUACGGGAUAUCUACCUGCAGGUGCCGGAUCUCAAGCGGGACCGGGCCGCAUCGGUGGAUUCCUGCUUCACCAAGGUGACCGGAGCCAAAACCGAGGAACUGAAACCCCCGGAGGGAGAGCUGACGCUGCUAGCGGUGCCCAGCAGUGGUGCGAUACGAUCCCGCUCGGUGGACAUUGUACUACCGACCGAGGAGCAGGCCCGCUACAAGGCACUAGCCCUAGCCGGCACGGCAGCGACUGCCGGGGCCAUAAAUCAAGCGCCGAAGGGAAAACCCAGUGCCGAUACCCACGGGAGGCAGAUUCGGUGCACGCCGGAUUGGAGCGAGAACGCUGUCUCCGGGGACCAUCUGUGGGUGCCGACGUCGGUAUCCGGUGACUGUUGCUACGUGGGCGACAACGACUGCUCGAAGCACGGUCCCCGGAUGAAGUGUUCGGCGUGCAAAAUCAUCGCCCACGCCAGCUGCAUCUCGGUGCUGAUGGAGCGGACGCAGCUGCAGUGCAAGCCCACCUUUCGGGACGUUGGCGUACGGCAGUACCGGGAGCAGACCAAGACGACCCACCACUGGAUCCACCGGCGGACCGAGAAGGGCAAGUGCAAACAGUGCGGGAAGUCACUCCAAGCGAAGCUCUCGUUUAGUUCUAAGGAAAUUGUUGCUUUAUCAUGUGCCUGGUGUAAAUCAUCAUAUCAUAACAAGGAAGCGUGCUUCAACCCGGAGCGAAUCGGCGAAGAGUGCACGUUAGGAGCCCACCGGAGCAUCGUGGUGCCACCGUCCUGGAUCGUGAAGCUGCCCCGCAAGGGCAGCUUCAAGUCGUCGCUGCGGAAAACGCCCCAGAAGAAGAAGAAGGCCGGCAAGAAGAGCUCGGCCCCGAAGGAACCGCGCACGUUCGUGAUCAAGCCGAUUCCGACGGCCAACAUUACGCCGGUGCUGGUGUUUAUCAAUCCGAAAUCCGGCGGAAAUCAGGGUGCCAAACUUCUCCAAAAGUUCCAGUGGCUGUUGAAUCCGCGACAGGUUUUCGAUCUGACGCAAGGUGGACCAAAGAUGGGGCUGGAGAUGUUUCGCAAAGUGCCCCAGCUGCGGGUGCUGGCUUGCGGAGGCGACGGCACCGUCGGCUGGGUCCUCUCGGUGCUGGAUCAGAUCAACUUUGUGCCUCCGCCGGCCGUCGGGGUCCUGCCGCUCGGCACCGGAAACGAUCUGGCCCGGGCGCUCGGGUGGGGUGGGGGCUAUACGGAUGAGCCAAUUGGGAAGAUUUUGGCCAACAUUGGGAACUCCGACACGGUGUUGCUGGAUCGGUGGAACUUGAAGGUGGAACCGAACACUGCGGUGUCGAACGCUGAGGACGGAAAGGACAAUCUACCUUUGAAUGUGGUCAACAACUACUUUUCAUUGGGGGUUGAUGCCCACAUAGCGUUGGAAUUCCACGAGGCUAGAGAGGCUCAUCCGGAGAAGUUCAAUUCCCGCCUGCGAAACAAGAUGUUCUACGGCCAGGCCGGUGGAAAGGAUCUGCUCAAGCGAAAGUGGAAGGGUUUGGCUGAGUUUGUGACGCUUGAAUGCGACGGUAAGGAUCUCACGUCAAAGCUGAAGGAGCACAAGGUGCACGCAAUAGUAUUUCUCAACAUUCCAAGCUACGGAGGUGGUACCCAUCCGUGGAACAAAUCUGGUGGUCAAUUUGAACCGGCAACCGAUGACGGUAUGAUCGAGGUCGUCGGGCUGACUACUUAUCAGCUCCCGCUGCUGCAGGCCGGUGGCCACGGGACCUGCAUAGCGCAGUGCAAGUCCGCGAAGAUCGUCACCUCAAAAACCAUCCCAAUGCAGGUGGACGGUGAAGCGUGCAAGCUGAAGCCGUCCACCAUCGAAAUGACCCUACUGAACAAGGCUGUGAUGCUGGCGAAACGGAAGCCCGGAAGGGCCAAUGUGCCGCAAGAAAAACUCGAAUCUCUCAACCUAACACUGAUGAAGAUCAUGAUGUCCGACUACGAGCAGAACCACUACGACAAGGAUCUGCUGAAGAGUUCUGCCGUCAAUCUGGGAACGCUGGAUGUGCCCGUUACCGAUCUCGAACAGGUUCGAAUCCUCGUGAACAAGUUCUGCGAAGAGCAACCAGAUAGUCCCAAACUGUCGCCGGAUUGGUGCUUCAUCGAUUCCUGCACAGCUGAGCGGUUCUUCCGGGUGGACCGAGCGCAGGAGAAUCUCCACUUCAUUACCGACAUCGCCACCGAUUGUAUCUUUGUGUUGGACCAGGAGUGUCCGACGUUGCCGCAGACACCGGAAGACGAGAGCGGUGGUCAUCUGCAAAAGGAGGGCUCGGCACUACCGGCGCACCUGACCAGCAGCGUAGAGUCCAGCGAUCGGGAUUCCCGCGAUGGAACGCCCCAAUCACCGGGGCUUAAAUUCUUCAACCGAUCGCUCUCGGGGCCUGGUUCGGGCAGUGCGUCUGACACGCUGUCGCCCGCUCUGGACAUUCCAUCGCGAAAGAGUUCUCAGGGAUCGCAAGGUUCGCACGGAUCUCAGGACAGCCCCCGAAACAAUCUCGGCGUUGCCGGACCAGACGGAGGGACCCUCGGAAAUGGUCAGAGCCUGGACCAGUUGGUCAACUUUAGAAGCAAUCUACUGGAGAAGACAACCGAUGCGGUAAUUAAGGCGGCCAAAACGGGCGAUUUGGUGAUGUUAAAGGACCUGCACAUGCAAGGAUACUCGCUGCUGUCGAUUGAUUCCAGCGGUCAGACGGCGCUGCACUACGCUUCUCGGUACGGACACAAGGACAUCGUGCGGUAUCUGAUUUCCUACGCCCCGAACAGCAUCGUCAACAUGAUCGACAACGAAACCGGCCAAACGGCACUCCACAAGGCGGCCAACGGUAAACGACGCAGCAUAUGCUACAUGUUGGUGGCGGCCGGAGCCAGCCUAAUCAUCCAAGACAACAACGGCCGGACGCCUCGUCUUCUCGCCCUAGAAGCGGAGGACCGGGAGUUGGCCUCCUACCUGGAAAACCAAGAACAGUUCCAGCUCGCUGAUUACCACGCGAGUGUGUGAAACAACGCCGCCGCCGCCGUCAGCCAUCACCGUCGCUCGCAAGCCGCUGCUGCCUGUUGCCGCCAGUGUUCCUUUUCCUAAAGCGGGAGAGCGAGAUCCGUUUAGAUUACGACACGCAGCAGCCGAAGAGAGAAGAAAAAGACAAAUUCCAAUCAAAUACACUGACUGAGACAUCGACACGCCUGUGAAUGGGUUCUUCUAGGCUUACAUAGCGGAAAAGGGUGUCCCUUCCUCCUACCGAAUGAGAUGCGUAAGUUAGACACCGCGGUUUCGCGGGAAGUGAAAGUAAGGCGCGGGCGAACCAGUGUUCGUCCCGCCGCAAGUGAUUGUUCAUUGUUAUUUAUUAUUAGCGUCUUUAUCUUAUUCUUACUGAAGAAAGCACCACUACACACCCACAUAUUUUGGGCGUUUAGAAGAGGGGUUUAGGUUUUCACGAAGUUUUCGGGAUUAUCGUAACUGUAAGGUGAAUUAGUUACAUAGUUUAGCAUUCGCGCAGCGCCUAAAUCAUCGACACUACAACACACUACACUGAGAGAUGAAAAGAAAACAUUGUUAUACACUUACUAUAUUUGCUAUAAGGGAGUAGGAAA